GCAGAACCAAACCCACAACCCGCUAUAUAACGCUCAUAAUAUCGUCGGAUAAUGUUUAAAGGCGGGCAGGCCAAUCCUUAUGAUGAGAUUGUUGGCAAAACGACGGACGAGAAUCUUACAAGCGAGAACUGGGAACUUAUUCUGAAUUUAUGCGACAAAGUUCAGGACGAAGGAGAACAAGGGGCACGAAAUGUCAUCGCCGCAGUGCUCAAGCGAAUGACUCAUCGCAGUCCUAACGUACAGCUGUACGCUCUGUCAUUAGCUGAAUCAUUGUCCAAAAACUGCGGUGUUGAGCUGCAUCGUGAAUUGGCAUCUCGCGCAUACACUCAAGCUCUAGAGAAACUGAUCACCGAUCGAACAACUCACGAAAAAGUUCGACGAAGGGCACUUUCCCUCAUUGCCUUAUGGACCGCUGAAUUUGAAAAGGAUCCCUCACUAGGGAUAAUGGAAGAAUGUUACAAUAAUCUGAAAGCCAAGAACUACAAAUUCGAAGUUCCUCAAGAGCCUCCUCCUCCCACUGUUGAUGACGAAGUCCGCCGAAGAGAGGAAGAAGAGCUGCAGAGGGUACUGGAAAUGUCAGUGCGUGACAAGGGAGGGCGUAAUCAGUGGGCUGAAAACUCUUCAUCGAGUGGUGCUGGUGGCUCUGGGUCUGGAAGUUCUAGUCGGAAUGCUGCAGUUAGCUCAGCAGUACCCGCCUCAGGUACACGUCAGCAGGCUGCUUCUCAAGCGACAUAUCAUUCCGGAUACGUCCCCGCACGAACACCAUCUCCCAAAGUCCAAACCCCCGUUGCUACCCAAUCUGUUGCCUCCCUUGCUUCAGCGUCUACCACUUCUAUUUCUUCGCAGAGUGCAUCGUCUAUCCCAAUCAUUACGCGCGUCCGUGCUAUGCAUACAUUCGAGCCUACGGAGCCUGGUGAACUUGCUUUUGAGAAAGGCGACGUGAUCAAAGUGGUUGAUCGCGGUUACAAGGACUGGUGGAGAGGACAACUGAAAGGCAGGACUGGCAUCUUCCCUGUGAAUUAUGUGGAACACUUGCCGGAGCCUACAGCGGUAGAACUCGCGAAAGAAGCGGAGCAAGAAGCUGCAGUCUUUGCACAGACUGCGAACAUCGACAGGCUUCUGACGCUGUUGCGGUCUUUGGACCCCGCAAAGGAUAAUCUCGCUGAUAAUGAAGAGAUACAAGAGCUAUAUCGGUCUAGUAUGUCACUAAGACCAAAGAUUGUUAAGCUGAUCGAUAAGUACAGUCAGAAAAGGGCUGAUCUCGUAUCCAUGAACGAAACCUUUGUGAAGGCUCGUAGUAUAUUUGAUCGUAUGAUGGAAGAAAGCCUUGCAAGGCACUCUGGAAUGUAUGAUCCUCAAGCUAACUACCGCAACCCACCUCCAUCGCAGUAUCAGCCAAGACCCGAUUCUCGUGCUCGUCAAGAUUAUGCGCCCACUCCACAAGGGUUUGCCUGGAACCCUGCAGCGUAUGAUCAGAACAGAUACGGUGCAUAUCCUGGGCCUGUAAGCCAGUAUCCAGAGGGCAUGUAUCAGGGUAAUCCACAAGUUCCUGCUCAGUCUUACGGUGAUCACAAUGGUUAUACUCCUCCACAACCUGGCUUUGGACAACCUUAUGGCAUUCCACCCACAAACGUGCCGUACGGAGUGCCCCCUUCCCCAUAUCCUCGACAGCAGCCAAUUGAUCAGAGCGACGCGACAGCCACACCUCAUGCACAGCCAGUUGAACUGCAGGCACCACCGCAGCAACUACAGUACUCUCAAAAUUUGCAACCCCAAGUACAAGCACAAGCACAGGUGCAAACACAGCCGCAGCAGCAGGCACAGAGUCCCGCGCAGCAAUCCGGCCCUCCUUAUGUCUAUGAUCCCAAUGGCACGUAUGCGGACCCUAAUGUGCAGGCAUGGGCAGCGUAUUAUGCUCAGGGGGGCAACGAUAAAGCUGGUGCAGUGUACUUCAUCUCUGUUCCUGGAGUAACCGACGAUCCUGCGCACGUGGGGCCCGAACCUCAGCAUCAUGGUGAAGCUGUUCAAGCGGAGCAGUCCACAUACCCCUCUCAAGACCCUGUAGCACAACUCACUUCAGUAUCUACCUAUCAAGAUCCCGCCUCGGCACCCAUACCUUCCAAUCAGGGACCAACGUUCCAAACUAGUGAUGGAUAUGCAAAUCAGCCGUCGCCUCCAGCCGCUGGACAGACAGACUAUGGCGCUCAAAAUCUAGGUCGAUCACCUUCAUAUCUUUAUCAUCGAGAUAACCUUCCUGCAAAUUCUAAUGUGCAAGCUAAUCAGUACGUCGGUGCCGGAUCGUCUUCGCCUCAUAGUCCGAAAGUUGGUUCUGGUCCUUGGGUUCAGGCUCAGCAAAUCAAUGAGCCUGCUCCGCAGGGCAUGAUGCGAAGGCAGUCGGUGAUGCAUUCUGUCUCUGCUCAUGCCCCUCUUCAGUAUAGCCCCCAGGGUGCAUCGCCUUCACAUCAACAGCAACAAUAUAUGCCGCCUGCCCAAACCGGCGAUCCCACGCCCGUGCCGUCCCAAUACGCUCCGCAGCCUGUUCAGCAGCCAUAUAUGUCCCAAUCACAAUAUGGCGAUAAUGGUUCUGUAUAUGCCCCUCCUCAAGACGGUCGACCCCCUGUAGCCGCAGACCCAGGAGGUGAAGCUCCCCCUCAAGGCUGGCAGUCACAGUAUCAUUCAUUACACAACCAAUUUUCGGGAAUGAGAUUAAAUGGAGAAAGGGCGCAAGGUCCUCAGUCGGGACAGCAAGCGCUUCAGGGUGUUGGUGCUCCUGCUUAAGUACGAAGAAUAGAAUGAGAUUUCCACGUAGUCCUUUGAGUACAAUCCAUGCUUCAUGCCAUAUAAUACUUUCCUUGAGUUUAUGU